CAUAUAAGUGAACGGUUGUAUUUUUUAAUCCAGCUAUUUUUGGCUCUGAACCUUUGCAGCCUGCAUCAGCUGACUGAUCUGUCUGAGUAGGUUUGAAGAACAUCAAUAUAAUUCAUGGCUGAGGGUCCUGCUUUCCCGAGUCGAGGCUCCCUGAGGAGUCCUGAGGAGAUUCUCAGAGAGAUCCAGAUCAACCUGCUGGAGUGUAAAGUCUGCUUCGAGAAGUUCAGCACUCAGCAGAGGGAGCACAGACCGCAGAACCUCUCCUGCGGCCAUGUGCUCUGUCUGGAAUGCAUCAGGGCUCUGUCCCACCCUCUCCUGAGGAAGCUGGAGUGCCCGUUUUGUCGACAGCUGUGUAGUGUUGACAGCAACUCCCACUGCCAGGCUCUUAGUGACCUGCAGGAGCUGCUGUUGUCCCAGAGUCCCACACCCCCUGCCCCUCCUCACAGGGCAAAGGAAGGUCUUGGCUUGGCUGAAGGUCUGACAGCCAGGGCUCUGCACCACUGCACAGCCUUUGGGGGGUGGGGGACUCUUAUCAACCCCACUGGGAUAUCCGUUUUGGGAUCUUCAGGUACUUUAGUGGUGGUGCAUGAUGGCAAGAAGAGGGUGGUGGUGUUCAGUCCGCAGGGCAGGAAGCUGCACAGUUUUGGGCCAAAAGGACAAGGCAGUGGGGAGAUCUGUUUCCCAGUGGAUGUGGCGGUGACUUCCUGUGGUCACGUGGUGGUGACAGAUGCUGGGGAUAAAGCCCUGAAGGUUUUCACCUCCAGGGGAAACCACGUGUUGACGGUGAAAGAUUCCUUUCAGAUGCCCUGGGGUGUAGAUACAGACAGCUGUGGGCACAUCCUGGUCUCAGACUUCCAGGCCGGUACGCUGUCUCAGGUAAAGGUGAACUUUAUAAACGGUCUCGCUGUAAAGCAUCAAAGAGUCGUAUCAGACCUGCAGCAUCCAAAAGCGGUGGCCUGCUGUGGAGCGACUGGGAACACUGCAGUGAUGGAGCAUUUACCUGAGGACACAUAUCCACCAGGGAGGAACCCACACACCAGGCUGAGAGUGUUCACAAAAGACUUCCGCCUCCUUUAUCAGACGGACACUUUCAGCUUGAUGCUGCAGUCAAAAGUGAGGCUGCAAAUGUCAGUCAUGACCUUUGACCAAAAUGGAGAUGUGAUUGUUAUUGACUCCAAUAUGGGGAUGAUUUGGAGUUUGGGGCAGCUCCAGAGUGGCCCCGCCCUGACCCCAUUGGUUGGUGAUGACCUUAUCCGCCCAGUUGGACUGGUGACACUGAACAACUCCCUCAUCAUUCUGGAUGGUGGAGACCAUACAGUGAAGAUGUAUUCUGCUAAAUCUGAUAAUGGGCCCUUGAUAUAGCUAAUGUAUGGACAGUAUUACAGGAGCUACAGUAUGUGAAGUGCAGCUUAUCAUGGGAUAAGAUGACCUGGCAAUACUAUUGAUACAUAUAAGUAAAGUUCUAUAUUGAAAAUGAUAAAUGUGAAUAUAAUGAAAUUAGAGGUAUAUGGUGCAUUGGGUUGCAUGCUAUGAAAUGUAUAGACAACAUUUUAGACCGUUUUUGGUUUGAUUUGUUACAUUCAACUGUUUAUUGUUAUUGUGAUACACUGGAUACUUUCAGCUUUUGGAGCCACAUAAAUCAAAUGAAAAAAAUAAUCACUUUUGAUUAAAUUGCUCACAUUUAAUAUUUAGAAGGACAGCAAUCUAU